UGAGAUUUUUACUCUUUUAUUUGAGUUUUUAUUUUUAUUUUUAUUUUGUUUCGCCUUGUUCUCAAUUCAACCUUUUUUAUAGUUAAUUUUUCAUUUAUUAUACCCUCUUUUCCACACACAUUCGCCAACCCACAAAGCAUAACUAUGUCAGAUAACGGCCAGGUCAAGGCAACCCGCGAGACACUCUACACUGCCGAUCGCGCCGAGCUGUUCGACAACAGAGACCGUAUUGUGCGCGAUAAGUGGGUUAAAAUCAUGAAGCUGCGUAUUUUGCGCGAGAAACUCGCCGAGUGCUACCAUAAAGAGAGCGUUAACCAUAUGCAGAACUGCCGUGUUUUGGUCGAGCGUUACUUGAAGGAUCUUCCUGAUGCGCAGAUGGGUGGUCGCCCGCCGUACCUGCCAUGAGAAAAAGAUGGAUAGAGAAGACAGGCAAGGCAGACGGGAAGGGUAUUCCUUGUCUUGUUCUUUUUUUUACAAUUGUUUGGUUAAUUUUUUGUUUAACACGUAUAUGAAUGGAGAAUACACUCGCCGAUGUCCUCGUUUUUGUUUUAUCUUGCUCAGAACAGAACAGAACAGCCCAGCCCAGCCCAGCCCAGC